GUAAGUUUCCAUGGUAACAAUUUGAAUUAAAAAGAAAGUAUGAAUGGAUUCUGUCCUUUAUAUAUCCAUAAUCAAUUCAUCUUUGCAUUAACUAUGAUAUCACAGUGAUGAUGCGCUUACUCGGUUGAUGUCGUCUAUGAUUUUCCAAUUAUAGUAACUUCAAGUCACUUUUUUGCUUUAACCAAAAUUUUUUUUCCAUUCCCUUUCACUCUAAUCCAUAAACACUUACGUUUUCAAACUCUAAAUAUCACGUCAUGUCUACCUCAAAUGAAAAGAUGAAGAUUGAGCAGGUCAAAACCGCGCCACAUGAAAAACGUGUGGCAACACACUCACAUAUCAAAGGGCUCGGUCUUAGACCUGAUGGUACAGCAGAACCUAUUCAAGCUGGAUUUGUUGGUCAAGAGAAUGCGCGAGAGGCAAGUGGAAUUGUCGUAGACAUGAUCAAAAGCAAAAGUAUGGCUGGUCGCGCUUUACUAUUUGCCGGUGCUCCUGGUACGGGUAAAACAGCUAUUGCUUUAGCUAUCGCACAAGAGUUAGGCCCCAAGGUGCCAUUCCGCCCGAUUGUAGGAUCAGAAGUGUAUUCGAGCGAAAUUAAAAAGACAGAGGUAUUGAUGGAGAAUUUCAGAAGAGCCAUUGGUUUACGCAUCAAGGAAACCAAGGAAGUGUAUGAAGGUGAAGUGACAGAGUUGACACCUGAAGAGACAGAGAAUCCUUUAGGUGGAUACGGCAAAACGAUCUCACAUGUCAUCAUUGGUUUGAAAACGGUCAAGGGUGUCAAGCAACUCAAGUUAGAUCCUAGUAUUUAUGAAUCCAUUCAGAAAGAGAAAGUGACAGUAGGUGAUGUGAUUUAUAUUGAAGCCAACACAGGUGCUUGCAAGAGAGUGGGUCGAUCUGAUGCUUAUGCUACAGAAUUUGAUUUGGAAGCUGAAGAAUAUGUUCCUUUACCAAAGGGUGAAGUUCAUAAAAAGAAGGAAGUCAUUCAGGACGUCACUCUUCAUGAUUUGGAUGUUGCCAAUGCUAGACCUGAAGGUGGUCAAGACAUCAUGUCUAUGAUGGGUCAAUUGUUAAAACCAAAAAAGACAGAAAUUACAGAUAAGCUAAGACAGGAGAUUAACAAGGUGGUGAAUAAAUAUAUCGAACAAGGUAUUGCCGAACUUGUGCCUGGUGUACUUUUUAUUGAUGAAGUACACAUGUUGGACAUUGAAUGCUUUACAUAUCUCAACCGUGCUCUCGAAUCACCACUCUCACCUAUUGUCAUCUUUGCUACGAACCGAGGUAAUUGUACUAUUCGAGGUACAGAUGAUAUCGUCUCUCCUCAUGGAAUCCCUGUUGACCUCUUGGAUCGACUCUUGAUCAUUCGUACAUUACCUUAUUCGAUUGAUGAAAUUAAGGUGAUCAUUUCCAUCCGCGCCAAGACAGAAGGAUUGACGGUUGAUGAAGAUGCAAUUGAAUAUAUUGCUAAUGCAGGCAUCAAUAGCUCUUUAAGAUACGCUGUUCAAUUAUUAACACCAGCUAAUGUUCUUUCAGAGAUUAAUGGCCACUCAUCCAUCAGUUUAGACGAUGUCAAGGAAGUAGAUGACCUCUUCCUUGAUUCAAAGAAAUCAGCUCAACUUUUGAUGGAACAUGAAUCUAGUUUCCUUGUCUCUUAAAUUAAAUAAAGGAGAGUGAAAUAGAGAGAGAGAAAGAGGGACGAUUGUACUUCUUGUGGUGUGUGUGUGCGAUACACGUAAAAGGCAAUGAUCACAUUUUUAUUUAUAAACCCGAUUUGAACAUAUAAAUAUUUUUGUUUCGAAAACGUUUUCUUUUUUUUUUCUUUUUUCUUU